CGGAGCCGCAGGGAGCUGGCACCUGACGCGCCUGCGCCCACCCGACUUGGUGGCGCGUCACCGCCCCCUGGGAUCGCCCACCCAAGUGCCAACCCACGUGGCCCCGCCCUAGCGACCGUUGCUAAGGGGCGUGGCUCAGCCCCUAAGAACCCGAGCCUCCUGCGGCUUAUAAAUAUUUGCGUAUUCAAAUGAGGACCCGCGCACGUUGUCAUGGGGCCCAGGCCGCAACCGGGCCGCCGGAAGAACAGCCUGGAGUAGGAGACAGCGCCUGGCGGCGGAGGGCGCCCAGGGCCGAGCUGCCAGGGCCGGACACCUGGGCUGAGCCCUCAGACCAGGCCACUGUGGCACCCUGAGCCUGAGCCGCUGCCCUGCUCCAACACUCCCGCCCACCACCUCUGUCAACGGCCGGCCAACUCACCUGGCGCAGGGGCAGCUGUACACAGGAUGGAGAGGAUACAUCUUCCAUGUCCAUACGUGGUCAACAGAUGAAAGCCAUGGCCAGAAAGUUCUAAGUGGCUACAUGUGCAUCUGCCUGUUCACGGAUUCCUGUGACAAAUAUUUGAGCGUCCCCUCCUGCGGCUGUGGAUAGCAGAGGAAUACCCAGGCCACGUGCAGCCCACAGCGCUGGGGCGAGGCAGGCCCUCAAGCUAACACGUAUAUAGAUGGGGUUUCACCCUGUUAGCCAGGAUGGUCUCCAUCUCCUGACCUCGUGAUCUGCCUGCCUCGGCUUCCCAGAGUGCUGGGAUUACAGACGUGAACCACUGCGCCCUGCCAGAGGUCUGCAUCUUUAAGGGACAACACCAGCUGGGCCUGUGGAUGGUCAGGUCCUGGGCUGACCUGCUCACCUCUGGGUGCUGUGACCUCAGCCCGGCCCAUUCCAGGUUCCCCUGGGCACAGUAACCUGGCCAGGAAGCCACCCUGACUCUUGCAGGUACUGUCUGAGGGCACGUGCUGCCUUCUUGCCUGGAUGUUUGACCCACAGCAGAAGAAAGCGGCUGCCUGCAGGAGAAGGAGUUUGGCUGGCACAGGGGUGGGGUAGGGGAAGGCCUGGAACCUGAUCCUGGACCCCAGGCUCAGAGACCGUCAGGUGGAGAAGGACCCAUAGCCCACAGCUUGAGGCAGCCCCGGGAGCCCCACAGCCACAGUCAGCUGGCCUGGCACCCCCAAACUCACAGCCGUCAUGGGCCUCAGCAGGUUACAUGUGAAUGGACCCAGGCUGGGACAGAUCCCGUGGGCCUCGGCCGAGCACCUCCAGCUUCCGGGUGCGGGAGCUGAGCUGGCAAGGCCUGCACAACCCCUGCCCACAGAGCAAGGGCCCUGGCAGCCAGAGGGACAGCCUUGGAGAGCAGCUGGUGGAAGAGUACCUGUCCCCUGCCCGACUGCAGGCCCUGGCCCGGGUGGAUGACCUUCGGCUGGUGAGGGCGCUGGAGAUGUGUGUGGACACCCGUGAGGGCAGCCUGGGGAACUUUGGGGUGCACCUGCCUAUCCUGGACCAAUUGAAGCUGAACGGCAGCCACCUGGGCUCCCUCAGGGACCUGGGCACAUCUCUGGGCCACCUGCGGGUGCUGUGGCUGGCUCGCUGUGGCCUCACUGACCUGGAUGGCAUUGCCUCUUUGCCAGCACUUAAGGAACUCUACGCCUCCUACAACAACAUCUCGGACCUGAGCCCGCUGUGCCUGCUGGAGCAAUUGGAGGUGCUGGACCUGGAGGGCAACAGCGUGGAGGACCUGGGGCAGGUGCGCUACUUGCAGCUCUGCCCACGCCUGACCACGCUUACUCUGGAGGGCAACCUGGUGUGCCUACAGCCGGCCCCCGGCCCCACCAACAAGGUGCCCAGGGGCUACAACUACAGGGCAGAGGUGAGGAAGCUCAUCCCCCAGCUGCAGGUCCUGGACGAAGUGCCGGCUGCACACACAGGCCCACCGGCCCCGCCGAGGCUGAGCCAAGACUGGCUUUCGGUGAAGGAGGCCAUCAAGAAGGGCAACGGCCUCCCCUGGCUGGACUGUCCCCGUGGAGCCCCCAUCCGGAGACUUGACCCCGAGCUGUACCUGCCUGAGACGCAGCCCUGGGCCUCCAGGCCCUGGCCCCUCUCCCUGCUGGUCCGUGGGGGGCCCCUGCCUGAAGGCCUGCUUUCUGAGGACCUGGCCCCAGAAGAUAACACCAGCAGCCUCACCCAUGGUGCUGGCCAAGUCCUGUGUGGGAACCCCACCAAGGGCCUGCGGGAGCGUAGGCACCAGUGCCAGGCCAGAGAGCCCGCGGAGCAGCUGCCCCAGCACAGGCCAGGAGAUCUGGCCGCCAGCACUUCCUCCCCAGAGCCUGACCCUGCAGACAGCUCUGACUUCCUGGCCUUGGCUGGGCUUAGGGCCUGGAGGGAACUUGGCGUGCGCCCCCUCCCCUGUAGGCACCCGGAGUCCCAACAGGAAGGGGCUGUAGCCCCCUGGGGCCCACGGAGGGUCCCUGAAGAGCAAGUGCACCAGGCAGAACCCAAGACUCCCCCCAGCCCCCCGAGCCUGGCCUCAGAGCCUUCCGGGACCUCAAGCCAGCACCUGGUCCCUUUCCCUCCCAAGCACCCAAAGCCACGAGAUUCUGGCAGCAGCUCCCCACGGUGGUCGAUAGACCUGCAGUCCAGGGGGCGUCGGCUCCGAGCCCUGGGCAGCUGGGGGCCUGGCCUGGGUGAUGGGGUGGCUGCAGUGCCUGUCCUGAGAGCCCUGGAGGUGGCCUCGGGCCUGACCCCUCGAGCCCAGGGACAUCCUGGCCCAAAGCCAGCACCAGAUGCAGCAGCCAGACCUCCCAGGGCAGCUGAACUGUCUCACCCCAGCCCCGUCCCCACUUAGUGUAGCCCCCACUUCAAGUUCGCCUGUGCUGGGGCCAUGACCUGCCCACGUAUGUGGUCACCGAGCACAGAACAUCUGGGCGGGUGUGUUGGGGGGUGGAAGGAGUGCCUGGCCCUGGGGAGGAUCCUCUUGGUGGAGGGGAGUGGGGGACUGGAACCAGCCAGGAAGGCAGCAGAGGCUGGAACCGUUUAGGCCCACAGCUGGGUUUGGCCUGGGGAGGGAGGGUCCCGCUCCCCAGCCCUUCCUUAGGGCCAGGCUUUCCCUCGGGAACGGAGGUGGGGGGACUGGUCACCCGGCAGGCCUGUCAGAGGCCUCUCCUGCUACAGUUGGGCGUGGCCAAGGGGCAGGGGCUGGAGUUGCGAGUCCAGUCUGCCACCCCCUUACUGGACCCAGGGUAAGAGCCACCUCCUAGGCCCUGUGGCCCAGGGUUCCAGCUGCUCGCCCCGAGGCCGCUGGAGGUGCGUCCCAGGCCUCCCGUCUCCUGGGAUCUGUAGGACUCCCGCGCCCACCGCAAUAAGGCGGCCCGUUCCCUCCUCUUGGCGCAGGACGCCCCGAACGCAAGCGCAACAUUUUCAACUGUCAGGUGUACAGAAAUGCGGUUUACUUUGUAGGCCAUGUUGGUUCAAUAAAUGAUGCAGCGGACACA